GCAUGACUAUUAGAUGACAACCAUAAAGGCUGUUUCACGCGAGUGUGCUUCCGUGGACUUAUUGACUUCGAUACCGGCAACUGUUGUCGGAGCUUGGGACGGUACUUCUCCUGCUGACAGAUGACACUACAGCUAUUCGAUCGAGGAAGACAACUUGGGUCAACCCGCGCUCCGGGAUUGAGCGUCAUCUGCCCGCUAGCCUUGGCGCGACUACGUUCGGCUCCAGCGCGGCUUCGGGUACUGGCAGUAGUCGAGGACUCUCAUGGCGCCACGGGCGGCGCCAGCGGCGGCGGAGGCGGCGGUAACGGCAGCGGCCGGCCCGCCCGGCCCGCCAGCAUCCGCUGGGCCCGGCGGCAGCGCAUGCUGGCCAGCGAGCCGCGACCGGGGUCGGGCGAGGAUGACCUAUUGGAGCUCAAUGUGGGCGGGCGGUUGAUGCAAACCACCAGGUCAACGCUGCUGCAGGCGCCCGGCAGCCGCCUGGCCGUCAUGUUCCAGAAGGGCGCAGCGGAUAAGCUGUUGUACGACAACGCGGGGCGCGUGUGGCUGGAUCUGGAUCCCACACUGUUCCAGCUGGUACUGCGGUGCCUGCGGGAGGUCAAGAUGAACGGAGGUCGGUUUCGUGACUGCCUACCUGCCGUACAGCCAGCGGACGAGGCGCCCUUCCGCCGUAUGCUGUCGUACCUGGGUCUGCUGCCGUACACGGGUGCGACCAUCCCGCUGGCGAUCUGCCACGACCCUCUCACGGAGGAGCUGCUGCCCCUGCCGCAGCAGCCGCCGGCACUGAGGCCGCCCAUGCCGCUUCCCUUGGAGGCGCAAGCCGCGGCGCAGGCGGCAUCCAUGCUGUCCUCCCUCUUCUCACCCACUACGCCGUUACCAGCCUAUGAUGAUCACCACAACAAUCAGCAUUUCCGGGACAGCAGUUGGCAACAGGGUUUCUCCAACUUCCCUGCCCCCUCUCACAACCAAUCGCAUUACCCGCAGCAGCACCCCCAACCACACCCACACCCACACCAGCGGCGGCACGGCGGAGAGCGGCCUGUGAGCAUGAACACGCAACAACAUCAACAACAGCACUCGAAACGGCAGCUACGGGGAUCCCCAUCUGGGCAAGAAGCCGCUGCCGCCUCCACCUCCUCCAGCAGCAGCAAUAGCAGAGAUCGUGGCGGUGGAGAUCGUACGGCAACCCGUGGCAGCCUCCGUCGUGACGGCAACCCGGGCGACCGGGAUGUUCGCCGCUAUCCUCCGGAGGCGCAGAUGGAGAGUGCGGACCUGCUUCCAGACACCGCCACAUGCAGCAUCCUCAGCAGCAGCAGUAACAGCAGCAGUGGCAGGAGCCUGAACCGCAACAAUGGUAGCGGCGGCCGGGUUAGAGCUGCUAGCGGCGACGCUGUUGAUGGUCGUCACGACGGAGCAAUGGAUUACACGAUGACUAGCAGCGGCAGCAGCAGUAGCAGCAGUAGUAGCAACAGCAGCAGCAGCGGCGGCGGAGCUAGGAGUGCCGGGCAUCCGUGCAGUGGCAAUGUCCAGCCACCGCACCAUGAGCGGGACCAUGUGCGGACCCAUGGGUCGGGCUCAAAGCAGCAGCAACAACACCAGCACCAGCAGCGGCGGCAUCACCAGCAGCAGCAGCAGACCCAGCGGUCGCAGCAAUCAGCUGAAGCCAGCGCCAGCCAACCACUGGUGCUACAGCCUAGGCCCCCUGCGCCUCAACAGAAGAAACAACAGCAACACCAGCAGCAACACCAGCAGCAACACCAGGAGCCGUGGCCGUCCACAUCCAACCCCAGCAUGCCCGCCUCCUCCUCUUCAUUUACCUCCUCUUCCUCCUCUGACUCCGAAACCCCACGGCCCUCCUACCCUCCGCCUCCACCGUCCGCAGCGCCUCCUCCUCCUCCCGCCAACCGCUGGGCCCACCACAGCGUCUCGCAGCUUUACUAUAUCUCUACCGAGUAUACGGACGCUCGUGGGCUGCGUGUCAGUGUGUAUACGGAAAACGAUGUACGGCAUGGAGGUGGAUUCGGUCCGGCAGGCGGUUCCGGGGCCAGCAGCAGCAGUGGUGCAGGUUCGGAGCAGCCGUUCGACAUGUUUGUUGACACGACGUACAGCGACUCGCAGCUGUCGUUUACGAUUGUGUCGCGGCGAGAUCUGAGUUCGGGUGGGAUGUUCCUGGGCCUUACGUCGCGCACGCAGCUGGAUCGCAAGGGUGCGCAGAUCCCCUGCUACGGCUGGAAGAGCAACGGCUGCACCUACAACGGCCCCAACCGUCCUUCGUACGGCGGUGCUGUCGGCGGGCUGGACUCCCCUGCAGCCCCCGCCGGCAGGAGUGACCCGGCGGGUCGCAGCAGCGGCGGCGGCCCUGCUUACGCGGACGAGCAGGAUCCGUUCUCGGGUCUGCUGGGGCUCUCGGAGGACCUCAUGUCGGAGCCCUCGCCCGCCGGGGGAGCUGGGGAGCUGCAGUCGAUGGGGGACCUGAGGCAGCCGCUGUGGAGGAAAGGUGACUCCGUGGAGCUUAUUCUGCGGCAGGGCCAGCAAUGCAACCAACUGCUGCUCAAGGUCAACGGUCAAGCGGUUGACGUCAUCAACCGCCUGCCCUCCUUCAAGAACUGGAGCUGGUGCAUGGGGCUGUGGGCUGGCGGCGACAUCAGCUGCGCGGUGUUCCAGCGAGACCAGUACGCGGUGUACUGGGGUGACUACGUUGUGAAGCGCUACUUGUGAGGGGAGGCGGACUGGUAGGCAGGGGCGAGGUGCGGCGCCGACAUGAACUGCGCUUGGGGCUUCAGCAGAAGCGUCUUUGGUUAUUUUGUUACGAGUCGUUCGUCGGUGGCAGGUCAUGGAUUUCGUCACUGUAAAAUCUUUCGGUGUGCUCUUGGGGUCUGCGAUUGUUCGGGUUUGUACGGACAAGAAAAGUGCAAUUAAUGUUUUAUUGGCGAGGUAACCGGGUUUCGUCGUGUUGCAAGCGGCCGACGUACCAACCAGGGAGGGCCCCUUUUUCGUUAUUAACAUGCUGGUCUGGAAAGGUGUAUCUGGUAGAGAUGUCGUGACAUUUUAUGCUUUGGUAGAACGUAAUCUGCCGGUAAGGGGGAGGCUGGCGGCCGUAGUGCUCUUCUGUUGUAUCAACCACCUCUUAGGCCCACUGGCCCCAACUUUGCGGUAUCAUGAACUUUGCGAAUUGCCGACCCCAGUCAUUGCGGCUUUCCUGGCGUCCAAACCCUUCCCUUCCCUUUCUCACGGUAGUUCAAGUAGGUCAGGGAACAUGAGGCGUGAGGGCGCGAUGGGCAGUUAGCCGUCACGUGCAUAGCCCGUUUGGUGGUACCGCCUACGACAAGGGCAUGAAGAGGCUGCCACGUACUAGUUCGUACUGAGCACCUCGACCCAGAUGGCCCAUAUCAGCCGCGUCGUUUCCACGCUGCGUGCAAUUGAGCCUGUGCGCAGCGCGCCUGUGUGUGCAGAUGGAACCCGUGUGGGCCUGUACAAUGCAUCUUUCCCUGCUGUAUGCGCUGCAGACUUGCUGCAACCACACAUUUUGGUUGUGGGCUAACGUGGUUUGGUGUCGCUUUGUUUGUUUGUACGGCUCUCCAGAGCGCAUUGGCGUGGUUUGUUGUGGAAAGAGGCGCCGUACAUUUGGAUCUGGAUUCGGCCCGGUUCCGUUUAUCGGUUUCUCAUCACCGGUGGUGGUUUGGUCCGCACGGUGAAGAAGUUUAGCAGCGUAUAGGAUUUUGCACCUCUGCCCGUGAGAUGUAAGAUGCAAGUUGUAUGACGGGGAGUUUGGUUUUUUAUUGUACGAUUUGUUUGGUCGGCGCAAGGCUGUCGUAUUUGAAUCAUACAAUGUGCGGAUUGUAUUGCUUGUUUGGUGAGCUCUGUGUGCGAUGCACGGUUUGGGAUCGUGAUGGCGCCGUGGGCAAUAAUGCAGUGGGUCUGCAGGGUCUCCGAAUGCUAUGUUCUUUGAACUCGGUUGCGCUCGACGUUGCUAACGAGCCUUGGUGACUCGCAUACUGUUUGUUCAGGUUGCCAUGGUUAUCCAGUUUGUCCUAUGGCCUGGGCGGGCAAUUGCCGCUGGCUGUAUGCACGGAGGUUCCCUUCAGCUUAGGCUAUCAUACGGCUGCUGUCGAGCAAAAGGGGACGCGACUGUAUGUUUCUUGGCAAUAUACAAAUUCGGAGAAGGAAAUACAUGCUUCUCAGUGUGCGUUUGAUAGCAGGCAUGCCUGCAUCUGAGUCAUUUCUCUGCUGGCCCUUAGGUUGUUAUGCUUUAGUGUGUUUGUGAGCUGGGUGAGCAUAGGUGGCUGUCCUUAGUGCUCUCCAGCUUGCUUGGCGAGGAAAGGCGUGUAGCUGCUUUUGGCUGCACGCGCACCCCUGCAACCAAUCUAUACCGGUAGUGGAUUCCUCAUGUCGGACCUGGUGCUUUAAUGUUUGCGGCCUGGCUGGGCGUGAACCGGCGGGCAGGUCGUCGGGGCCAACGGCAUGGCCAUGUUACGGUCUCAACUGUAGAUGAGCUGGUGGUCAAGGUUUGUUUUGCUUAGGGUUUGGUUGGACUUCUGCGCACCCUCGGUAGGUAAAGAUGAGCUUGCCCCUGUCAAUGUUCACGCGAUGCCAUGCUCAGAGGCGGAUCUUGUCAUAGCCGCAGUGGGCCAUGUAUCCAUGUAAAGGAUAUUUUAUUA